AUUAUAAAGAACUAUUUGCGAUCUACUAUGGGACAGUCUAGGCUUUCUGAUCUUGCAAUAUUAUCAAUUGAAAGAGAUUUGGCAAAAGAAGUUGAUUUUGAUGAAGUAAUUAACAAGUUUGCAUCUUUAAAGGCGAGGAAAGGGAAGUUCUGA